AUGGAUAGUGUGCUUUACAAUGCCGCAACAUUAGGUAAUGUAAGCUUCCUAAAUGAUGCACGAAACAACGAACUAGAGAGUGGUACUGAUGAGUAUUUUCUUAAGCAAACCGAGCACAAAAAUAACAUCCUUCACUUAGCAAUUCCACGAAAGCAUUUCGAGUUCGUAGAAGAAGUGAUUUUAAAUGGCUUAAUAUCUAAACAAGCCAUUGAUGAGUUGAUCAAGCAAGCAAACAAAGACGGAAACACCCCUGUCCAUGUUGCCGCUGAGGUCGGCAACGUGGACAUGUUUAAGCUACUUCAUGAUUACGGAUGUGGGCAGACUGUCCAAAAAGAAGGGAAGCCGGUGUUCAUGAUGCAGAAUGUAGAGGGCAACACACCGUUACAUGUUGCACUUAUUCAUGCCAAUGUUGAGAUUGCUAAAUUGUUAGUAGAGACGCAUCCUGACUUAGUCUAUGUUACCAACACGUCUAAAGAGACGCCCCUUCACCUUGCAACUAUGCACCAACCUAUUGAUGUACCAAUAAAGGACAGAGAAGCUGCAUUGGCGUAUCUUGACAUGAUAAAAGUUUUGCUAGAGAAAGAUAGUAGUAUCGCAUGCUUGUGCGAUGAAGCAGGAUCGACUCCUCUUCAUAGGGCAGCAUCAAUCAUCUCAGCCUACAAUCUACAGAUCAUUAAGCUCAUACUUUAUCAUUGCCCGCAGUCUGCGGAGUUGCGCGAUGGUUCAAGAAAGACAAUCUUGCACCUUUUGAAAACGAUACCAAACUACAAAGAAGGAAAGGACUUGUUGGGGAUUACAGAAGUGUUUGACCUCAGAAAUCAUCAGGACCAACAAGGAAACACACCAUUACAUGCGGCUGCAAUUAAUAUGAACCUUAACUUGGUGCGAGUUCUAGUGGAUUCCUCGGCUAGGCAAAGCAUUAGAAACAAAGAUGGAAUAUCUGCUGCGUCUUUGAUUCAAGAAAAAUUUGAGAGGAAUGUGGAGAAAAAUCAAAUGACAAUGGAUGUAUGUGAAGCAACAGACAGGGCAAGUAUAACAUUUUUAAAGGGAAGACUUCAUAACUUCGGAAGCAAUUUUUUGUUCUCACGAGAUUCCGAAAGGAGAAAUGUUGUUCAUAAAUUAAUGCAGAUAAACAAUGGAACCACUAUAAACCCAGCUGAUUAUAUUGAAUUCAUCCAACAAGUUCUUGAAAGCUUCCCUGAAUUUAUUUGCCAAACAGACCGUAAUGGGGACACUCCAGUUCAUAUCCUUGUGCGAAAUCCUCCAAACACCCUUAUUCGUCUUCCCAAUUCCGACACUGGCAAAUAUAAACUAUCGCGAUUGUCAGAAGACUCGGAAUCAGACCUUACAGUCAAGUUACUAGACCUAUCCUGUAGGUAUUUUACUAAAGCUCAAGAAGAAGCUAGUGUGAUAGGAGCUCGUUAUGACCCGCCAUGGUUGGUGCAAAACAUUGUAGGAAAUACACCACUGCAUGAAGCACUGAUAGUAAAUCAAAGUGAAACGAUGGUGCUAAGAUUGAUAGAGUUGGAUAUCGAAGAUACUGCUAAAUUAAUUAACAAGCUCAAUCAAACACCUCUGCAUCUCAUUGCUGGAUGCCCCCUGGGUACAUAUGAAUAUUUAUGCGACGAGGAGUCCAUAAAAUAUUUGGUGAAAGCAAAUGAGAAGGCGACCCAUACACAUGACAACGAUGGUCUAACACCUCUUUUAAGGGCGGCUAAAAGUGGUAAUGUGAAAGUAAUUUUAACAUUGCUCAAGAAUUCUAGUCACGACACAAAAAUGCUGCCAGACCAAAAAUAUGGGCAGACUUUUUGGCAUCUAUUAGUAAAACAAUCUAAUUACUCUACUAGCUACCUUAUUAAAUCACGUCCUGAAUUAAGAAGUGUCUUAAUAUUCCGUGAUUUUGAGGGAAACACACCAUUGCAUCUGGCGAUUAAAGCUGGACGCUUUGACCAUGCAAUUAAUUUUCUUAAAGAUAUGGACAGCGAAACCGUGAAGAAACUUCUAGAACAGAAGAAUGAUGCUGGUAUAACUUCUGGUGAUAUUAUAAGAUCCGCACCAGAGAUUCCUGAUGAAUUGGAAGCAAUUUUGAAUGAAGGUCUAGAAUUUAUAGGUUAUCGAAGUGUGUAUGGUAUUUCUACUGCUGAUAUGGAUAAAUAUGUGGACACAAUUGGUGUAAUAGCAGCACUUUUGAUGACGGUAACGUUCACAGCAGCAUUUACUGUUCCUGGUGGACAAAACCAAGAAACUAGUGAUAAAGUAAGAAAAGGGACUCCAAUUCUUGUAAAGAGGAUGGCAUUUCAGGCUUUUAUGUUCUUUGACAUAUCGGCAAUGUGCUUAUCAACAAUGGUACUAUUUUGUCUUCUUUGGAUCCUAGCUGCUGGCAAUAAGGGCAAUUCGGUGAUCUUAAUGGAUUUCAGCAUCUUUUUGCUCUUAAUAUCAUUCUACACAACUCUUUUGACUUUCAUGACUGCGGUGUAUGCAACAACAAUCUAUGUUCAAUCGUGGAUCGCUGUCUACACUUUGAUAAUAUGCUCUUUGCUAAUGCUACUCAUGCACAAGUUUGUUAUUGUCGAGUAUAUAGGACCUAUUGGCCCAUCUUUUACUUUUUAUCGUAAUAAGUUAUACAAACAUUUUUGUGAGUGUAUAUUAUUAUAUGAGACAGUUCCAGAGAAUAUCCAAAAUUCGGAAUCAGAUCAAGUUAACUGAGAAUUUUAGAUUACAAAUUGGAUUGUAAAAAUUUGUAUUAUUGCUCAAUAUUAUUUGUAAGUGUUUAUGCACAACAUGUAAGAUGAUUUCAAGUUAUGAUCUUCAUGUAUAUGAAGCAUGUUUUAG